GGCGGGGCGGGCCCGCGCCGGCUCAGUCGCGCCGCGCCGCACAGCCGCCUCGCACGUCGCCGCCAGCCCGCGCCGCCGCCACCGCACGCGCCGCACCCAGUGACUCCCGCGCUCACCCACCGAUGUCAACACGCCUCUGACACCACCAUGCAAGAGCAAAGUUCAUCGAGGUCAAGCAAGUCCACUCUGAACUCCCUGGAAAGCGCUAUCAUUAAGCUGAAAAACAAUCUGCAGAUACAAGACAACAAAACAUCCGAGAUGAGCAGUUUAUUGGCAGUGGAUACGCCUUCCCCGCAUUCGGAUUCGAAACCAAACCCAAGUAAGAGUCAGAGUUCAUCCACCGUUAGCAAUUUGAAUUUAUCAAUUGCCUCGGCUGCUUUAUUGCAAGAAAACAUGUUACAAAGAUCUUUACAAGGUGUAGUUAUAUCUUUACAAAACGCAAUGAUGAGCUCGUUGCAACAAGCAGCCUUAUUGCCUUCAAACUCUGCUGCAGCCGCUGCCCUCAACCUUCAAGCAUUAGAAUCUUAUUUGACUUUGCAACGCUUAACAACCGUAUCCACUGUGAGCAACACUCCAUCACCUACUCUACCUAAUAGUUCAGAUAGUAACACAUCUUCAAAGCAAGAUAUACUAAGGAUAGCGACGGCAAGUGCAAAGAUAAGUGAACUAGAUUCCGUAGAAAAUAUAUCGAAGGAUUACUCUCCGAAGACACCUGAAGACUACUCAUUGUCUGACUCUGUUGCUACGGCGGAAGAUGUUGAUCUGUCAGAGGAGGUAGAAGAAGACUUGGCAUUGCUAGACAAUGAAGAUGAAUUCACAUUAGAACAACAUUUGGAGUCGACAUCUAAAGGUUACGGGUUCAGCUCGCCGCAAAGCUUAGACAACGGGUACCCGAGUCUGCUGAUGAACGCCAUGUAUCAACAACAGAUGGUGGGGAGCCCGUCCCAAGCACCCUUAUCUCCGCAAUCUUCGAACACAACAGCGAGUUCCAAGUCAACAAGCUCCACGUCGUCUACUGGAAGCGUCAGCGCCAACAAACAGAAAACAACAACAAGUGGCCCGAGAAUGAAGAAACAGUUCAUCUGCAAGUUCUGCAACCGCCAGUUCACGAAGUCCUACAACCUGCUGAUCCAUGAAAGGACGCACACAGAUGAGAGACCCUACUCUUGUGAUAUUUGCGGAAAGGCUUUUCGACGACAGGACCAUCUAAGGGACCAUAGAUACAUUCACUCAAAGGAGAAGCCGUUUAAAUGUCUGGAAUGCGGGAAGGGUUUCUGUCAGUCGCGGACGCUGGCGGUUCACAAGAUCCUUCACAUGGAGGAGUCUCCCCACAAGUGUCCUGUCUGCAGCCGCAGCUUCAACCAGAGGUCCAACCUGAAGACCCAUCUCCUCACCCACACUGACAUAAAGCCAUACAACUGCUCUUCAUGCGGUAAAGUCUUCAGGAGAAAUUGUGACCUCAGACGCCAUAGCUUAACGCAUAACCUAGUGGGUAUGUCGGCGGUCAACACGUCUCCUAGUGGCAGCAACGGAAAGAGCCCUCUACUAAAUCCAAACUUUCCAAUAGACAAUCUAGAUGACGAAGAUAAUUAGUUUUAUGAUUAGUAGAAAAUGAAUCGGUGUGAAUUACAAGUGAUUGAUGCAGUGAAAAAGACUGAUUUAUACGUCCUUUCUAGUAAUAUUGUUAUGAAUGUGUUUAGUUUUAGAUUUCUUUCUGCAAUAAUUUGAAUGUUUUUUUUUUUAAAUAUGUAUUUGGUCCUCUUUAUGUGUAGUUUGUAAAGCUCUAUCUUUCUUUGUAAAUUAUCUGAUCUCAUUUUGUUUGUAAAAAUAGUCAUUAGGUUUUAUAUUCCAUCCACUUGAUUUAAGACAUUGUACAGUAUUGGGAUUUUAUUUCGUUGGAUGAUGAUUAUUCUUAUUUUAUAAGAAAGACUCUCCUGUAAUAAGAAAAUGUUUAUACCUAUGUAAUUGAAUUUAUUUUUAUGUUAAUUUUAAUAAUAAAGUACUUGUCAACAUUUUA